UAUCUCUUGGAUCCGAACCAAUAUGAAAUUGCUGCUCGACUCCUCCUCAUCUCUCCUCUUCUCGCUGCUAUUGGCUCAGCUGCCCGUGUUCACGUCUGCCUCUCCGGUGCCACAGCGGCGGCCCAGUGACUUGGAUAAACUGUCCAAUCAGACCAAAAAUCUAAUGAAACUCACCACAGAACUGCUGAAGGAGCAUGCAUUUGACUCAGAAGUGGAGCCCCACAGGUUCAAGUCUCUGCCAGAAAUGAGCAACAGAUCAGCCCAUGACCUCAACAAUCUUGAGCUGAAGCCCACGCUCUCACAGCUUCAUUCCGACCUGAAGCUGUACGAGCACCACUUUGAGUGGCUCAACAGAGUGUCGAAGAAGCACCACCACCCUGCAGUGCCCAAGCUGGUGGAGAUGAUCAGAGAGAUGAAAUCUCUCAUCACUCUGCUGCACCGUCAGAUGCUGAGAGUUGAAGCACCAAGGCUCAGUCCGGCGACCCCCUCCCUCCCCCCUCACCUCCCCUAUCAGUUUGAUGUCCUGCAGUCCACCAAUGAGCUUCUUCAACACUUCAAGCUCUUCUGUGACUGGGCGUACAGAGCCUUCCUCAGCCUUAAGCCCAAGGUCACCGCAGUCCAAUGAUGAUCCAGAAAGUAAAAGGGGGCUGCAGAGCCAGUGAGAAUACAUGGACUUCCAUCCCCAUCAAAAGGGAAACAAGACCAUGUCAGUGUGCACUGUAGUUGACAGCAUCCCUAAAGAGGCCCAAAUAUCAACCUGUGUGUCAGCAUGUGUGUUGAGGAAUGUGUCUUUCCAUCAGAGCCAUUGAGGAUGCACCACAAUGCAGCCAGUUACAACCAUCGAUUCCAGCUCAAGUUCCAGUUUAACUCCAAUGAUCAUGUCAAGAAACUCCAAACUUUCUCCUUAAGCCCUUUU